AUGGAAUUUAAGAUACCUAAUUUCUAUUAGUAACUACAUUUUCAUUUAUAUAAGAGCAUUACCCUAGUGUUCUAGAGUUGGACAUCAUGAAAAUAUUGUUUAUUUUUGUGUUAAUGAUCAAUGUCCUAAGAAAUUUGAAGAGCUUUGUGUUUAAUGUCUAAACAAGAGAGAAACUUCUCACAAACAUUCUGAAUAUUUACUCAUUGAAAAUGCUUAUAAUUUUUUAUCAGAACUCUACUAUCAAUCUCACAAUAAAGUUGACUAAUAAGCUUGUCUUUAAGAAGCUUUUAAUAGUAUAAAAACAUUGAAACAUAAGAUUUUAGAGAUCUUUGAUACUAUGGAAAACCAAAUUGCUUAAUUAAAAGAUAGAUUUGAUUCUUAAUAUCAUUUGUACUAACUCUUUUAAUAAAAUUUUGUAAUUAAGCAAAACAAAAAAAGAUUUUUUAUCUAAGAACUAAAGCAACUUAUUUAAGAGUUCAAUAAAUAUGUUAAUUAUAACUUUGAAUAGUCAGGAAUCAAUACUAUUAUAAUUAAAGAAUUUUCGGAUUAUUUGGAUGAUGUAAAAAAAAUCAAUUUUUCUGAAGCAUUACAAGACAUUUAGAAUUUAAUUUAAUAUACUAAAAAUUUAAGCAUCAUAAAACAUUAAUAAUUAUAAAUAAUCCCUCGACUAAAAGAAAGAUCAAUUGAUUAGUCCUAUAUUUUAACAUCAAAACCAAUCGGGUUUAGUGCAAUAAGUUUGAAGAGAUUUUAGCUCUUAGGAUUUUAUAUCCCUUACUUACUACCAAUAGAGAGAUAACGAGUAUGUAUAUGAUUAAAUCUUUAGAGAAAUUUAGAGAUUAAAAUAUCAAUCUAUCUUAAUAGUAAUAAUGAAUUAAUACAUAAAUAAGAGUUGA